GAUGCGAGUUGGCUCUCUGGUCGUCAUGUUCACUGGUGACCAAGGAAAUGUUAAGGCUGAUGGUCUCGCCUGCUGUGCUUGGCCAACAGUCAUAUAACACGGCAAUGCAGUUGUUGUCAAGUGGGAACCCUGUAUAUGAGAACUUUUACAGACAGGUGGAUCCUGGGAAUACAGGGAAAGUGGGACCAACAGAAGCUGCCUUGUUCUUAAAAAAGUCUGGACUCCCUGACAUUACAUUGGGAAAGGUCUGGGAUUUGGCCGAUCCCGAUGGCAAAGGCUAUCUGGACAAACAGGGGUUUUACGUAGCUCUGCGGCUGGUGGCCUGUGCUCAGAGUGGUCAGGAAGUCAGUCUGUCCAGCCUCAACCUCACAGUCCCUCCGCCCAAGUUUAAGGACACCAGCAGUCCGUCUCUAAGCAGCACAGUUUCUGCAUCCGGCGAAUUGCACUGGGCUGUCAGGCCCGAGGAGAAGAGUAAAUUUGAUGGGAUCUUUGAGAGUUUGGCUCCAGUCAAUGGCCUGCUGUCAGGAGAGAAGGUCAAACCAGUCCUAAUCAACUCCAAGCUACCUCUGGAUGUCCUUGGGAAGGUUUGGGACCUGAGUGACAUAGAUAAAGAUGGCCAUCUGGACAGAGAUGAGUUUGCAGUGGCCAUGCACCUGGUGUACCGGGCUCUGGAGAAGGAGCCUGUUCCUGCACUCCUCCCCUCUGCACUCAUCCCUCCAUCUAAGAGGAAGAAGAGUCUGGGCUCAGUGGCUGGCUCUGUGCCUGGAAUACCCGCAAGCCCCCCACCACCAAAAGACUCGCUACGCUCCACACCCUCCCACGGCAGCAUGAACUCACUCAACAGCACCGGCAGCCUGUCGCCCAAACACACACUCAAGUCUGGACAGCAUUCACUGAACUGGGUGGUCCCAGUGUCAGACCGUGGUCGCUAUGACGACAUCUUCCUGAAGACAGACGCUGAUCUGGACGGUUUUGUCAGCGGACAUGAAGUAAAAGACAUCUUCAUGCAGUCUGGACUUUCUCAGAACCUUCUGGCCCAUAUAUGGGCUCUGGCAGACACGAGGCAGAUAGGCAAGCUGACCAGGGAGCAAUUUGGCCUGGCCAUGUAUCUCAUCCAGCAGAAAGUCAGCAAGGGCGUGGACCCUCCACAGGCCCUGACUGCCGACAUGAUCCCUCCGUCUGAGAGAGGCACUCCGGUACCAAGUUUGUCAGGAUACAUGACCCCAGUGGGAUCAGAGAUGGCUGCUCUGUCCGAGAUGAGACGGGACAGCUCAAGUUCAGUGGGUUCGGGGGAGUUCACUGGGAUCAAGGAGUUGGAUGACAUCAGCCAGGAGAUAGCCCAGUUGCAGAGGGAGAAGUACACUCUGGAGCAGGACAUCAGGGAGACAGAGGAGGCUAUCAGACACAAGAGUGCUGAGGUGCAGGAGAUGCAGAAUGACCUCGACAUAGAGACGGCCAGCCUGCAAGAACUAGAGGCUCAGAAACAAGAUGCCCAGGAGCGCCUGGAGGAGAUGGACCAGCAGAAACAUAAAUUAGAGGACAUGCUGAACGAAGUCAGGAUGAAGUGCCAGGAAGAGUCUCAGAUGAUCUCGAGUCUCCAGAGUCAGAUCCACUCCCAGGAGUCAGACUUGCAAAGCCAGGAGGAGGAGCUGAGCCGGGCAAAGGCUGACCUGGGCCGGCUGCAGCAGGAGGAGAACCAGCUGGAGCAGAGCCUGGCUGCAGGCAAGAUCCAACUGGAGACCAUCAUCAAGUCUCUGAAGGCCACGCAGGAUGAGAUCAACCAGGCUCGCAGUAAGUUGUCCCAGAUUCAGGACAGCCAACAGGAAGUGUCUAAAAGCAUUGAGCAGUACAACAGCACCUUGAACGGAACCCACGGAGGCAGUAUGACCAACCUCGCCGAUAUGAGUGAGGGCUUCAGUGACCGAGAGAACGGAGGAUUCCCAGCCAUGGUGAGAGCAGCACAGGAGGAUCCAUUCAAAGUGAAGCCAUCUGUGUUCAACAGCCAGCCUCAGGAACUUCACACAGACCCCUUCCACACUGAAGACCCCUUCAAAACAGACCCAUUCAAAGGUGACCCUUUCCAAAAUGACCCUUUUGCAAAGCCGCCAUCAACAUCCACAGAUCCUUUUGGAGGAGACCCGUUCAAAGAGACGGAUCCUUUCAAGGCUUCGUCAGAAGAUUUCUUCAAGAAGACCACCAAGAUGGAUCCUUUCUCAACACCAGACCCCUUCAGUAAAAGUGCCACGUUACCUUCCAAGCAAACAGGUCACUUCACAAGUAAUGACCCAUUCUCCUCAAGCAACUCAAAGCCCAAAGGACCAGACCUGUUUGGCACAUUGGACCCGUUUGGCAGCAGUUCGUUCAACAGCAGCAGCAACAGCUCGGCUGGGUUUGCAGACUUCAGCCUCAUGUCGAAGCCCAGAGAUCCUUUUGAAGGCAGAGCUGGCUGGCUGCCAGACUACGAUAAGUCGGUGUUUGUGGACGACCCAUUCAGCAGGAAGAGCGACAUGCCAGCUCUGCCACCGAAGAAAAGUGUUCCUCCAAGGCCCAAACCCCCCAGUGGUAAGAGUACACCAGUGAGCAUGUCUGGCACAGCUGACCCUUCCAAACCAUGUGACCCCUUCCAGCCAUUUGGCGGCGAAGCCAUCGACCCGUUUCAGAGUAAAAAAGGCCCGGGAGACCCGUUUAGCGGCAAAGACCCUUUUGCCCCAUCCUCAGCAUCAAGACCUGACAAAACCAAGUUUGGGAAUGAGGCUCAGCAGUUGGAGUGGGCGAAGCGAGAGAGUGAGCGAGCAGAGCGAGAACGUCUGAAGAGGCUAAGGCAGCAGGAGCAGGAAGACUUGGAGCUCGCCAUCGCCCUCAGCAAGGCCGAGAUGUCCAACGCAUGACCUGGAACCCCCUGACGCGUAGACCGGCUAACAUGCAGACAAAACAUGACUGACACCUAAUAUUCAGACACAAGGCACAUUACUGUACUUAUUCUCAAGUGUUCAUACACA